UUGGCUGCGGCUGCUGCGGCUGCACUUCCAGCUUCUGAGGGAGGGAGGCCGAGGCCUGGGCCGAGCCCGGAGCCGCCGCUCGCCCGAGCCUCCUGGAGCCCCCGCACCGGCUCAGCCUGGGGGCGGGCUCGGGCCCGGCCCGCCGCCGAACCCAGGACAGAGGCUGCUUGCCCGAGGACCAGGCCAGCGCAGCCAUGGAGGAAGCAUCUCCCUAUUCCUUACUUGAUAUCUGCUUGAAUUUCCUGACCACUCACCUCGAGAAGUUCUGUUCAGCUAGACAAGAUGGAACAUUGUGUCUGCAGGAACCUGGAGUAUUCCCACAGGAGGUGGCUGAUCGACUGCUUCAAACCAUGGCUUUUCAUGGUCUACUGAAUGAUGGAACUGUUGGUAUUUUCCGGGGCAACCAGAUGCGCUUAAAGCGAGCUUGCAUUCGCAAAGCAAAGAUCUCUGCUGUUGCUUUCCGGAAAGCUUUCUGCCACCACAAGUUAGUGGAACUUGAUGCCACAGGUGUGAAUGCUGACAUCACUAUUACAGACAUCAUCAGUGGGCUCGGCAGUAACAAAUGGAUCCAGCAAAAUCUCCAGUGCCUAGUGCUGAACUCAUUAACUCUCUCCCUUGAAGAUCCUUAUGAGCGGUGCUUCAGCCGGCUUUCUGGCCUUCGAGUUUUGAGCAUCACCAAUGUUCUCUUUUAUAAUGAAGACCUGGCUGAAGUUGCUUCAUUGCCAAGAUUAGAAAGCCUGGACAUUUCUAACACCUCCAUCACAGAUAUCACAGCUCUACUAGCCUGCAAAGACCGGCUCAAAUCUCUAACCAUGCACCACUUGAAAUGUUUAAAAAUGACAACUACACAGAUACUGGAUGUUGUUCAGGAACUAAAGCAUCUGAAUCAUCUUGAUAUUUCAGAUGAUAAACAGUUCACAUCAGACAUAGCUCUUCGCUUACUAGAACAAAAGGCCAUCCUACCCAAUCUUGUCUCCCUGGAUGUUUCUGGGAGAAAGCACGUGACAGAUAAAGCUGUUGAAGCCUUUAUUCAGCAACGACCCAGCAUGCAGUUUGUAGGUUUGUUGGCCACUGAUGCUGGCUACUCUGAAUUCCUCACAGGCGAAGGACAUUUGAAGGUAUCUGGAGAAGCCAACGAAACUCAGAUUGCAGAGGCAUUGAAGCGGUACAGUGAGCGGGCAUUCUUUGUCCGAGAAGCUCUCUUCCACCUUUUUAGCCUGACUCAUGUGAUGGAAAAAACAAAGCCAGAAAUUUUAAAGCUUGUGGUUACUGGGAUGAGAAACCACCCUAUGAAUUUGCCAGUGCAACUGGCUGCAAGCGCCUGUGUGUUUAAUUUAACCAAGCAGGAUCUUGCUAUAGGAAUGCCUGUACGACUCCUGGCUGAUGUGACCCAUUUGCUACUCAAAGCUAUGGAACAUUUUCCCAAUCACCAGCAGUUACAGAAGAAUUGCCUCCUUUCACUUUGCAGUGACCGGAUCCUUCAAGAUGUCCCAUUUAACAGGUUUGAAGCAGCCAAGCUUGUCAUGCAGUGGCUCUGCAACCAUGAGGAUCAAAACAUGCAAAGGAUGGCAGUUGCUAUAAUUUCCAUCCUGGCUGCCAAGCUUUCUACAGAGCAGACUGCACAGCUCGGUGCUGAGCUCUUCAUUGUCAGGCAACUUCUUCAAAUAGUGAAACAGAAAACCAAUCAAAAUUCCGUGGACACUACUUUGAAGUUUACAUUGAGUGCACUGUGGAACCUCACAGAUGAAUCCCCAACCACAUGCAGACACUUUAUUGAAAACCAAGGGUUAGAACUCUUCAUGAGGGUUCUAGAGUCUUUCCCAACUGAGUCAUCCAUUCAACAGAAAGUCCUAGGACUUCUGAACAAUAUAGCUGAAGUGCAAGAAUUGCAUUCUGAAUUAAUGUGGAAGGAUUUCAUAGACCACAUCAGUAGCCUUCUACACAGUGUUGAAGUGGAAGUCAGUUACUUUGCAGCUGGAAUUAUUGCCCAUUUAAUAUCCAGAGGUGAACAAGCCUGGACAUUGAGCCACAGCCAGAGGAAUUCUCUUCUGGAUGAUCUGCAUUCAGCUAUUUUGAAAUGGCCAACUCCAGAGUGUGAGAUGGUAGCAUACAGGUCCUUCAAUCCAUUUUUCCCAUUACUUGGCUGUUUCACAACACCAGGAGUCCAGCUGUGGGCAGUUUGGGCCAUGCAACAUGUCUGUAGCAAGAAUCCCUCAAGGUACUGCAGUAUGCUGAUUGAAGAAGGAGGACUGCAGCAUCUAUACAACAUCAAAGAACAUGAACAGACUGAUCCCCAUGUCCAGCAAAUUGCUGUGGCCAUUCUGGACAGCUUAGAAAAACACAUUGUGCGUCAUGGGAGGCCACCUCCCUGUAAAAAGCAGCCCCAGGCCAGACUAAAUUGAUAGCCAUAGGUAAUUGGGUCAUUGAAUCACAGGAGUCAUUUUUGUCAUUGCUUCAUUUGAGAUAUCUUAGUCUCUAUGAUGUCUGGGGGUUUCUUAUGACAAGAGUCAUAGCAUCAGUUCAGGAUUGACGAUACACAGUGCUGCCCAUAUGAACAGUCUCUGAUUUGUGAUUUUUAACUUAUGAGGCAUGAAGGGUCUCUUCCUUCAUCAUUGCCUUUUAGAAAAUUUUCCACAUCUUUCAGUGUUUGAACUUAUCUGUGCUUGAGAUUCUACAGUUUUAUGAUAAAGUUUGCACGAACCCUUAGGCCAGACUUUUCUGAUUUCAGAGUCCCUUCCAAUCAAUUUGCAGCUUCAGAUAAGCUGUUAACCUGAUUUCUGGCACCGCUUUAGUUGUAAAUUUUAUACUCCUUCUGUAUAAAAUACCUUUAUUCUAUGUCUGUGUAUCUUUUAUAAGAUGUCCUUCUUAGCGUGAAAGAAUGGAAAUCUGAAUCCUUUCCUCCUGGAAGCUACUCACCGGCUGGACCCUGGAUGGCUGGCAGAAAAAUAUAUUCAAAAGAAAAUCUAUUAAGAAAGAACAGAGUUUAGAGACUGGGAAAAGAUGUGUUCUCGUGGGAUAGUUUUUAAAAUGGGAUAGGCUAUCAUUCUGGGGCCCACGUCUCCUGAGGCAGUGAGCAGUGGUUUGUUCUCCAUACUUAUGUGUGGAAGCCAUGGACUGCUGCUUCCUGCACAGACCGCUGGGUACUCUAUAGAGAUGUUUCCCCAAGCAUCACAGUGUAAAAUAUUACAGUAUUCUGUGUUAAAAACUGUCUGAAUCUCAACGUGUCGCAUUGUUGUGAAAAUGUGAAUUUUGAUAAAACUUUCUCUGGUUAAAACUGGCCAUUCUUUUCUCUCUAUUUCAAAGUCAUUAUUGUUCAGUGGAAUAGAGACUAUAGAUGGUGUCACCUGCUCAGUUAAAACACGAUUGACAACAGUAAAUUUUGCCAUGAGAAGUUAAAUUUUCUUUUGUUUAAAAUGUGUGUAUCUUCUGAAUCUGUUCACGUUGGAGAAAGAUGUCCACACCUCACUGUAAAAAAUGAAAGCAGAGAAUUCAGCUAUUGUUAAAUGUAAUGAUUCUAGUUUCAGUGCAUAAGAGGAAAUGUUUUUGAUGGAUUUGUUUUUAGGCAGUUGCCUUUCCUUUAAGGUACCUGUUACAGUAUGGUAAGAAUCAGUUAUUAUAUUAAUGAUAGCAGUUGGGAGGCAGCAAGUCACCAAGAAAUUUCCAUUUUAAAUUACAUUUUGUGAAUAGGUUAAUCUGCAAUCUCAGAAGACCACAUUUUUUUCAUAGAUGGCCAAAACGUUGUUAAUUGAUAUUUUAAAUGGUGUAUUUAAAUUGUAGUAAUUACUCAGAAGCAUUUUUAGUUAAAGAGGAGCUAGUUUAUUAGUAUGCUGAUAACAUUUUGACAUGUUUCAUACCACUUUUACGAUAAUCAGACUUGAAUUAUUUGGAGCUUCUUAACAGGGCUGAAAACUGAAAAAAUAGAAAACAGGUAUUUAAAACCAUUAAAAAACAUUAAAUUGUAGGUUAAUUCUGACUUACAUGGUUUAAGAAAUUUUUAUAGGUUUUAAAUCUGUUUCAGAGGAAAUGGAAAAUACUUUUUUUUAACUUUUUUGCUGAAUUUUAAUGUCUAAGGCAGAAUGCAGAAAAUAGAACAGGCCUAUAGUAGCUUGGAAGUUGCUAGCUAUGUUGACUAUUCCCAGGUCUCCUACCUAGUGUAGUUAAGGGAAAGCCUAUUUAAGAAGUUUGGCUUUACAUUUCUGUUUUACACUGUUCAAGGCAAAAGUACAUGUUCCUUAUAGGUUAAUGCCAGAUUUUUGUCUUUACAAAUUGUUCUCAGAAAUGGCUAAAAAUAUACAGAAAACAGUUAACUUGAACAAUAACUUGUUGAUAGGUGAAGAUUCAAAAAUAUUUAAAAUUAAAGUUUACUAGUUUGAGCAUCAGUAGUGGCCAGGUACUUUUGAGUCUUAAAAGCAAAAUAAUUGGUCAUAUCUUAAGUACCUAAAAAUUUUAGUGCCUUUGUGGUUGGGAUGGUUCUUAACUAUGUAUAUGAUUAAGGCACAAAUGUCUCUAUGGUCUUGGAUCUGGGUAAAAUAUAGUGUAUGUAUAUAUUGAAAUUAUGAGGCAUAACUGGCCAGUCUCUAUGAGGAUCUAUUAGGCCUCCCUUUUGCAUUUGUAUACUAGAAUGUAACAGUACUUGGUGCCUUCAAGGGUUACCAUUUAAGUGGCUUACAGGUGCUAUUUCAAGCACAAUUUAGACUCGGGAUGAACCACUCAUUGCUCAAAUCAUUGGUGCACUCAGAUAUUUUAAAACAUCACUAGGAGUCCCUGGGUGGUACAAAUGAUUGACAUUCUAGGCUGCUAACCGUAAGGUGGGAGGUUGGAGUCCACCUACAGGUGUCUCGGAAGAAAGGCCUGGCAGUCUACUUCCAAAAAAUCAGCCAUUGAAAACCUUGUGGAGCACAGUUCUACUCUGACACACAUGGGAUCACCGUGAGUUGGAAUCAACUUGACGGCAGCUGGUAAUUACAAGAUAAUGCACAAGCAACAGCAAGGUUUAGAUCUACUAAAGGAAAUGGAAUUAGACUUUUUAGCGCAUAGUGAUGCAUGUUGGUAUCAUUGAGAAAAACAAAAACGGUAUGAAAUUGGGGCAAAAAUAAUUAAGUCAUCUUACUCUUUCCAUCAAGUAAGUUUUGCUGUGGCCUUUAUACUUUAUUUUUUUGUUUUUGCAUUUGAAAAAGAAAUCAAGUAGUAAUAAGCUAGUUUCCCCUCUGGCCAGGGAUUCAGUGGCUACUGAUAAUUAAUUGAAGAUUUUCAAAUGCCUACCAGACCCACAAUUUCAGGAAUUGCUACCCUCACCCCUGGACAGAAAUGCUGCUUAAUGGCACUAGUCAAUUUAUGUGGAUCAUCCAAGGUCAAGGUGAAUCACCUUAACACUUAUACAGGGGUUUGCUUUCACAAUAUCUUUUAUUUUCAAACUUCCAAAGAAUCCAGGAUUCAUGUUUAAAAACAUCAAUCCUAUAUAUUCAGCUUUAAGAAGUUGCUCUUACUCAUGGACCCUUUUGGGUUGGCCUGUUUUCUCCCCAGCUACUUUAAUUUAGCUGUGCUUUUAAUUAUGCCAUACCUCAAGAUAGCACUGGGGCAGUCAUCUAGCCCUGUGGAGCUCAUUAUAAUAAGAACAUAUUUUAUGUGCUAAGGUAAGGUUGUGAGUGUGUGUCAGAUUACUUUCAAAUUUUAAAGCAAUUGGAUAUUGCUUCUUAGUGGACAUCUUUACCUGGGGAAACCUUGCUUUGAGGUCAUCUUGAUCUCUAAUUUUUUUUUCUGCUCCAGCUCUUUGUAGAAGUUCUCACUAAAGCAAAAUAAGCCCUUACAGAAUUGUGUAUAAAACACAUCAGUAAUACAAUAAUGAAACACAGUUUUGGCUUAAACCGAAACCCACUAACAUCGAGUUGAUUCCAACUCAUAGGGAUCCUAUAAGACAGAGCAAAACUCCCCCACAGAAUUUCCAAGGCUAUAAAUCUUUAUGGAAGCAGACUGCCACAUCUUCUCCCACGAAGCGGCUGGCAGGUUCAAACUGCAGGCCUUUUGGUUUGCAGCUGAGUGCUUUAACCACUGUGCCACCAGGGUUUUUUUUGGCUUAGUGUUUUAAAAUGCGUUACCCCCCCUUAGAACAAUGGGCAGCAGUACCCAAGGUUGAAGAGAGAUCAUAAGUAGUAGCAGGGAAACUUUUUGUUUUGUAUAUGGUGAAACAUACCUCCUUUCCUGCCCGCUAAUGGUUUGUUUACAUUAUUUGCUUACUGUACAACUUUUAUCUUAGGAGAAACAGUAUUAUUAACCUGAAGACAAAAGUUAAAGACAGUAUCACAGUGUCAGCUGAUGUGGGCUCUUCUACUUUUAUCUGUAUAUUACUUACUUGGGGACGGCUUUACUGCUGGGUCUUCAGAGUGGUGUCCUGAGACAGCUUCCAGAGAGGUUUGGGAACUUCUGGUUUCCUUCUCAAAUCCUUUGUAGCAGUUUCAAAUGAUUGUGUGAAUAUUGGAUGUUUAGCCUUUACUGUUUGCUGUGUGUCAUUGCAUUUUUAAUUUUUUAGUGUUAACUCAUGAAUUGUUUGUUUUGGGAAUAAUGCAAAACCAGCCUUGGUCCCGUGAUGAGAAUAGUAAUAUGAUAGAAAAAUUUGUUGAAUGUGCUUCUAAUGAGUAAUUAUGUAGUAUUUCACAGACUUAGCAUGACACGGUACUCUCCUAAUUACGCAUUUUUCGGUUAUCAGAUCUUAACCUAGACAAUGUAUGUUAACUGACAGGUAGUCUUAAGAAAGCUUUCUCUGCUUGUUUCUCCCCACCCUAAUUUUUUCGGUAAAUUAUGUGACGAUCAAUGAUGUUUUUCAUUACUCUGGGUGAAGCAAAACUCAUUUGGACAACCUAACUUUAUAGCUAGACAGAGUGGCUAUUAAGAAUAUUUAGAAAAUCCAAAUUUAUCAAAAUUAUUUUAUGAGAAAUGAUAAAAACUAGUUAAGAGUAUGUGCUUGAUUUUGACUUGCUUUUGGAAAAACUGUUCAAAUUUGUGUUCUUUUAGGCUUAUUUGAAUCAGCUUAGAAGCAAGAAGUUACCUAGCCAAUAAACGCUGAGAGAAGCAUUUAUAAAAAAUUCUUGAGAGCUUUUUUCCCCUUUAAUGAGAGGAUGUUAAGAUUUAUACUCUCAGAUAAUCUGCAAGAAUAAAAUAAAUCCUUGUAGAAUUCCCACUGUCAAAUCCCUACUGACUUUUGUUCGCACUGUCCUUCGCUUGAAUUGUGUUUAACUCCUUUCAAAGGAUAUAACAAAUUCAUAGGAAAGCGUAAUGUGUGUACAUUUCAAAGGCUCUCAAUUAUCUGGACUGAGGGCUCUGUUCCCACUGUUGCCAGAUGAAUGGGUGUGUUCUGUACAAGAAUCAUGCUACAUUUUAAAUCACGAUAUCACUUAGUGUUAAUGUGUGUACAGAUUUUUGUUUGGGGAUUUUUUUUUUUUUGCCUAAAUAAAUGUUAUAAAUUUUAUGUAAAGAGUGUCUUGCCUACUUUAAUUCUAGACAUUUCCUUUAAAAUUUAACAGCAGUGUAAGACUCAGAUUCCUUACUGGUCCACUUGUACCAGUUACUUUCUGAAAAAGGCCAUAGUUUUACUGCAGAAGUUUCUGGUACUGGAACUUCAUUCAUUCAUUUCAAUA